AUAUAUACCAUUAUCUUCUAUUGACAUAGUAAUCCUUGAAGUCCAUAUCACUUUUUAUUAUUAUUAUUAUUAUGUCAUAAUCAUAUUUUAAAUUAUGAGGUUUAAUAUCUUUUAGAGAAACUGUAAUAGGGCCAUUCGCCAUAACCUACGGUCUCACUUACAAAUCUUCCAUUUUCUUUUUAGUUUAGGUUUGGGAGGAUGGAAUUCUAAAAAGGCCCACCUUACAUUUUGUUUGUUAAUCAUGGCCUAAGAUUUUUAGCCUCGAAUGAAGGCCCGAAUUAAAAUAUAGAAAAAAUAAAAUGUAAAAACCAUGGUGAGCGGCGCCAGCAAUAGUGUCUUUUGACAUUUACAUCGCAAUUCUUCCCAUCUCUCAAAUUCUCAGCCAAAAUCCACAUAGAGUUUCAACCCAGACGCCUUCACUGCUCAAUCAUGAACUUUGCUCCUCAUUCUUCCCUAAGAGAAGCAGAAGUAAAUGAUACUGGUUGCAGUGGCAGCAUCGCAUUGGAGGAGUGGCUACGAUGGGGCUGCGUAUCUCCAGUGCCAGCAAUGGUAAACGAGAUCAUUCGGGAUUUGAAGCUUUUGGAGAAUAAUAUUGAUGCCCACAUGGUUUUUGGUGGUAAUGGUGGCAAAUUACAGGGAGAUUUUAAAGUUCAGGAGGACAAGAAACACAGAGAAAAAUAUCUGGCUUUAGGUGACUCAGACAAAAAGUUCCAGUUCUUUUCUGCUCGACAAAUAGCAUGCCGGUUGCUUGGAAGUCGGGGCUACCUCUGCCAGAAGUGUUGGCUUCCUAUGGAAGAUUGUAUGUGUUCAAAAGUCGAGCCUUGCUCACUAUGGAAUGGCAUAAGGUUUUGGUUGUACAUGCAUCCAAAGGAUUUUCUACGGCAGAAUAAUACUGGGAAGUUGCUAUGGCAAGUCUUUGGUGUUCAAGCUGCAAUUUUAUGUCUUUAUGGAAUUUCUGAAGAUGAGGAAAUCAUGUGGAAUGCAUUUAAGGAUGCAGGAAAAGCCAGGGUUUGCUGCCUUUAUCCAAACCAGAAUAUAGCACCAAAAACGGCUCAGGAUGCCUUUAGCAGUCAAUCUUCUGCAGAUCUGGAAUGUACACAUUCAUUGACAAAUAGAGAUAGACCUCUGAAUUUUGUUCUAAUUGAUGGUACAUGGAGCAAUUCUGCAGCAAUGUUCAGGCGCCUAAAGGAGCAAGCAAAGUUUGUCUGGGGAGAGGAAGACCUGCCUUGUAUAUCUCUUGCUGUAGGUGCAUCUGCGAUGCAUAAACUUCGACCUCAACCAUCAUGGGACCAUACUUGUACAGCAGCAGCAGCCAUUGGUGUUCUUGCUGAGCUGCAGCUUCUUCCAGAGUAUAGCUCCUAUGGAUUGGAUAAACAGGCUGAGGCAGUGGAGGAUGCUUUAAUUGUUCUGCUAGAAGCACUGACAGCUCGACGCCUUCGGAUGGGAAGGUCCAUCACCCGUAAAAUUCAAUUGCAAUGAUAAGUACAAACUGAUAUGGUCAACCAUCAAGUAACAAGCUGAGCCAUAUUUGACUGCUACCCUGCUGUAUUUGCUGCAUUUUUGUCACCAAUAAGAUAUCAGUCUGUCCUGUUGAAACCCAAAGAAGAAGGAAAUCGACCAAAAAGAAACAUUCUAUAUGCGGAGCAGAAGGGGUAAAAGUCAUGAAUGUUUUUGUUCUUGGUAAUUUGGAAUGUAGUAGUUGCUUUCUUCUGGUUCAUGCUUCAAGAAACUUCACAUAAUAGUGCAACAUUGGUUGGGUCUGCAGUAUGUAUUGGACUGUCAAAAGAAUUGCUGCAUUAUCUCAUUUAGGUGGC